AUGGAUCUCGUGGAAAAAGGCUUGCAAUUAUUCGAAAGAGGCAAGUACCAAGAGGCCCAACGCGUGCUUUCCAAGGCAGUCGACAUUGCACAAGAGGAGCUGAAGAAAGGAGAAACCCAAUGGCGCAGUAAGCUGGGAUUACUGCUUGAUUCGCGUGCAGCGUGCUAUCAAAAGCUGGGUGACCUGGAUGCGGCCUUGCAAGACGCGCGUCAGCAGCUGGCCCUUGAGCCGUACAAGUGCAAAAGCUAUUUGCGGGCAUCCAAAAUACACGUUCUGGCCGGCCGCGACGAGGACGCAUUGGAAGUGCUCGAGGCAGGUGUUCGUCGUCUGGAGCGGGGAAAGACUAAGUACGGAAGCCGGCUUCAGAUCAACGAGCGCUUAUUCAAUAAGAUGACGGCAGAAAUCGAGGAGCUGCGACAGAAAAGCUUUUCAGACCCGCCUGCAAAGCGAAGGAAAGUCAAGUCCUACGAUCCAUUAAAUUACCUUCCUUUCGAGCUCCAGGCCACAAUUUUUUCGCAUCUGGACCAGCCAAGCAUGAUGAACUGUCUACUGGUGAGCCAUAGAUGGAAACAAACGCUCGAAAACAUGCCGACACUACUGCACAGUCCGGUCCUGAAACGGAACUUAUCUCUCAAAGAAUUUGUCAAGUUUCUCAACUUCUGCAGGACACGCCAAUGUCGAUCGUUCGAGACGUUGUCGCUUUCCCUGCGUGCGGUGGAGGAGUCCAGUAUGCUCAAGCAAUUGUUGUCGAGCGGUUUUCAGGUGAAGAGGUUAAAUUUGAAUUUAGCAAAAUACGACAAUUUCGAGCUAGCUAAACUUCUUAGCAACAUCACGACAGGCCGGAAAAUGUUUGCUGAACUGAAAGAAUUAUCGCUCUCCUUGCCUAUCGUGGAGAACGGAGCUGGUAUGACAGAGCUGCUUGGCUUUUUGGGGCCAAACAUAACCAAACUGAACAUAGUUAUCACUGACUUGGUUGUCUCGAAACUGGUCCGACGUGAACCUAGCAAAAUCGAUUUGCCGCAACUUAGCAGGUUGGUCAUCAUGGUGCGUCCCAAGCUGCACGAGAAGCUGAACAAGCGUCUGAUGCGUGUGCUAUUUGCGAAUUUCACCAUCGACAAUGUGCAAAGUCUCCAUUUAAUUAAUUGCGAUGUGGAAGCUGCCACCAUGGAAAAAGUGUUGCAACGCCUGGAAAAGCUGGAACAUUUUUCGGCGGAUUCCUGUGGAGCACUGAUUUUGGGAGACUACUUGAGAUUUCUCUCCAGGAAUGGAGUAUCUCUGGAAAGUCUUGCUGUACGGGAGAGUACGCUCCCGCGCCCCUCGAGCUCAGUCUCAGACAUAGAUCUCCGUUUUCUAUGGCGGCUGAAAUCUCUAAGUUUGGAAAACACCUCGCUCAAUUUCCAGCAGUUGUUCCUGCUCCUGCAGAGCACAAAUCAACAACUACGACACCUCAAGCUAAAGGCCAACUACAAGCUUAUUUUUACGCGCAGUGCAUUUGACACUCGCAUCCCGAGUGCAGCCACGCUUCCGGUAAACUUCCGCGAAUUUCUGCAAUGCGUGCCAAAACUGGAGUCUUUGGCACUGAUUCAAUGCACCAAUCUUACCGACUCAGCCUUACGAAGCCUGUCAACCGAAAUGGUGAACACCUCGUGCCCAAAAGGACUGAAGCUGCUAGAUCUCUCUGCCAACGAGGUGAGCGGCGUGGGCAUCAUUGACCUGUUUCAAAGACCCAAAAGUUGGCUCCGGCUAGACCAGCUUCUGGCCCACGGAUGCGAUUUGCAUCCUGACACCCUGUCGCUUCUUGUCCGCCGCGGCUAUUGUGGAGAUAUACAGAGUUUAGCCUAG